AUGACCGGCUGCUCUACACUCCUCCUGGCAUCUGCCUUCGUGCUGCCCCUUCUCAUCACUUCAGCGGCCGCGGUCAACGUCACUGUGCCGCUCUCUCCCCCCUCCAAUGCGCAGAAGCUCUCUUCGACGCUCGUCUCGUUCUCCAUCGAACAGGAUCGGUGGCCGGACUGGACGGGGACGGACUCGCGCAAUGAGUUCACGCACGCCGCACUCACCACCCUCGCCUCGCUCACCGGCACACCCCCCAAGAUCCGCGUCGGAGCAAACUCGGAGGACCACACGACGUGGUCGCCGACAGUGACGAUCGAGCAGGACGCGUUUCCGCCCCCGAACUCGAUCACACCCUUCCCCGAAGCGAGCACGAUCACCGUGGGCGACGCGUACUACCAGCUCUCGCGCUUCCUGCCUUUCGGCACACACAUGGUCUGGGGCGUCAACUUCGGGCUCGACAACGCGACGAACGCGGGGAACAUGGCGCGGUCGAUCGUGCAGGCGUUCAAGUCCGCCGCGGUCCUCGCCGCCGGCGUCGUCCUCGACCGCAUCGAGAUCGGGAACGAGGCGGACCUGUACAGCAACAACGGCCUGCGCGCGAAGAACUACUCGGUGAACGACUACGUGCCCGACUGGAUCAACAUCGCGAGCGCUGCGGUCAGCGCGGCGGGGAUCAGUGGGAGCAGCGGGCCCGUGUCCGUGCAGGGCGCCGCGUUCGCAAACCAGGGAUUCACGCCGCGCCAGAUCUUCAACCUCGGGAUACUGGACAGCGCGCCCGGGAAGGCAAUCUCGGUGAUCUCGCAGCACCACUACUCGGCCGCGUUCUGCAACGGGGGCGACUUUCCGCUGGUGUCGUUCAUGAACAAGGCGACCAUCCGCAGCAACCUGUCUAUCUUCACCGCCGACAUCGCGGCGACGCACGCGCAGGGCAUGCCAUACAUCCUCGGCGAGACGAACAGCAUCGCGUGCCACGGCGCGCCGGGCGUGAGCAACACGGCUGGGAUCACCCUCUGGGCGAUCGACUACACCCUGCAAGCCGCGACGCUCGGCAUCAGCGAGGCGUUCUUCCACGAAGGCAUCGGGUACAAGUACAACUGGAUCCAGCCGAUCGCCCUGAACCGGUCCAUUGUCGACGGCUCCCCGAUCGACCCGCCGACGCCGCCGCACGUCCAGCCCGCGUUCUACGCCGGGCUCGUGAUCAACACCCUCGUCGGCACGACGGGCGCGGCGCAGAUCGUCGAGCUCGCCGUGGGCAACGCGAACGUGACCGGGUACGCCGCGUUCGAGGCCGGGGCGCUCAGGCGCGCCGUGUUUGUGAACCUCGGCGCGUGGCUCGGGAGCAGCGUUGGGGCGCGGCCGAGCGUGCACGUCGACUUGGCGUUUGGGGGGGAGACGGCGGGGCGCGCGAGCGCGCGGCGGCUCGUCAUCCAGCACGCGGACGACACCGCAAACCUGACGUGGGCGGGGCAGAGCUUCGAGACGGCGGACGUGACGCCGGCGGGGGAGGUGGUGACGGAGGACGUGGUGCUGAGCGAGGGGCUGGAUUUGCGCUCGACGGAGGCGGUCUUGAUCACUUUCUGA